GACUCUCGCCGAUAAACAACUUUGAGAUCAAAACAUCUCUGAAGAACAGCAACAUAACGGGAUCGUUUCUGCUCGACGACCACACCCGAAGACAAAGAUAACCUUUCUCUGAUUUUGCAGAUUGAAGUCGAGUCGUAAAGAUGAUCGGAAAGAUUCUCUCUCAUCUGCUGGGGAGCGCUGAGGAGGACUUUGAGGCAGCAGGUGACACGUUUGAGGAGCUGCUGGAGUUUGAGGAGGGAGGAUGGGUCAUUGUUAAUCUCCCAGAGAACGGGCCUCUCUCAGCUCCUGAGGUGGAUCCCCUGGAGAACCUGCUGAUUGAGCACCCCAGCAUGUCCGUCUACCAGAUUAGACGCAGGGUGAGCGGCACAGAGGAGGAGGAGCUGAGCUCUGAUGAAGAUGAAGAGGAAACCUCCAGGCCAGCGGCAGUGAGGCGGCACAUAUCGUGGCGUCUGGCCGCCUGGGGGAUCCCUCUGCCCUGCAACGUCCAGCUGCUGGCUGUCCAGAGGGCCAGGGCCCAGGCGGAGCGCAAGAAGAUGAGCCGCAGCGCCCUCCACAGGCAGAACCUCGCCAAGAUGCGAUUCUCCCCAGCAGAGAAACGCUAUGGCCACUUCAAGCAGCCCUGCCAGCGCCUCUACAACUACUGAACGGGCGCCGUGGACCUGCCUGUGAGAGGGUGUGUUUCAAGUUGCCUCCACUGCAGCCCAGCUGUGCAGCACAGUGCCUUGACUCUGAACCACUCAGGUUUUUCACCAUUGUUUCACCUCAGCACGGUUAAUUCUGCACAUCCUCCGAGGCAGAGCAUGACAUUCACCACUUCCUGUGCAGCAAAAUGAUCCAGCAAAUGAACCACAGCACGUUUUUAUUCAGAUUUUAAUUCAGGCCACCUGCAGUGCACCCCUCACAUCUGAAACCACUGAGAACAACCAAUCUCCUGACAUCCUGAAUGACGACGUCGCCCCCUCAGCUGGGGGCCUCAGAUAGUGACACACAGUUACUGUCAAAUAAAAGCCUUUGUACAUUAUCACGUGAGAACAGCUGAGUGUUUAGAUUAGACAUAGAGAGCAGGGGUAGGGCUUAUAGGAAGUGUGUGAAAGUGUGUGAAAGUUAUUCUGAAGGUGUUGUUACUGUGUUACACUGAUCCAAAUAUGAAAACCUUUAGAAUAUGUUGCGCUCAAUUAAUAGACAAUAACGCAGUUGGAUUAUAGCACAUUUUGACUGGUUUUAUCCAGUUAAUAAUGUGCAUCGGAACCUUUAGACGUUCUUGUGACAAGUGUAUUAAAGGUAAUUUCAUACGGCGGUGACCUGUACAGUAUUCAUGUCCUGUGAAUACAUAUGUGAAUUUCCUGCUUUUGGGAUUAAUUACAAAAAACCACUGUUCAUGUUUUGUAUUGAGUUUACAAUUCUGUACUUCUUUUGAGCGAGUGCUCACUUUUUCCAUGUAACACAAAUUGUUCAUUUAAACGAGUGUAAAUACAGUUAAAUAUGUUUUUUCUAUUUGUGUGUGUAUUUAUAAAAUGUACAAAAAA